AUGCCGGCGUCUACGGAUGUGUUGUCAGACCUGGAUACGGAUGGUUUGCUCCAGCAUGCCUUGGAUGUUGUCCGGGACAAUUUCUCAUCCGAACAUCUUCCUCAAAGUAUCCACGACUUUCUCCUUCCCAUCAGUGUCGCGACUUGCCAAGGCUUGUUUGCAACCACAACGAUGUUGGCUGCCGCCAUGCCAGCCCUAACAAAUGGUGCUUCGGUAGAGCUGUGGUCUCAGAAACCAUCACCCUUGGCUCUGCUAGCUAUUCAUGUGGCCAAGCCCCAGAAAGGCAAGAGCAGGCUGCACAACGCUCUCGAAAUGCUGUUCGAGCAAGCCGAUGUAUGUGUCCAGCAGUUGGCCACAGAGCAUGGCAAAACCUUGCGGGGGGACACAGAAGGCGAUGCCGCAGUACCAUUCGUGGCAAAAUCCGUCAGUGUCCAGAGUGUCACUAUGUCUGAGUUUUUCUAUCGGUGCAGCACUGAUUUUCCUCAAAUUGAGUAUGGCACCAAGAAAGACAAAGACACUGCCCGCUUGUGGUAUGGACAGGCAUGGAAUUUGGACGAAGCCUACGAAAUGCUGGAGAGCUUGAGCCUUUUGGGUUGCCCUGGCGACAAGGCCCGCUCCGGAGCAGUCAACCCGCAUGCUUCCACCUUGAAUACUCUGAUCCAACGCGGAAAGACCAAGAGGGCAACGAGAACAUCCACCACGUAUGAAGGGAACAGUUCUCAACACAUCAGCCUCAGCAUCUUGGGCAAUGCCCACCCUUCGAAAAUCAUUGCGAUGGAGCGGGGCCUACAAGGACAGCACACUGCCGCAACAAAGGAGAGAUUCCUGCUGUGUGUUGACCACAGCGUUGCUCGCCAUGAUGCUCUCCCUCAGAGCAUGUUGGAUGCUGAUCCUGAAUUACCGCAGUGGACCUGGCUUCCACUCACUCCUUUGCAGGCCACUAUUUUCGGGUGGACUGAUGUUGUGGGGAAUCCAAGCUACUUCAGCGACAAGGCGGACGUGGCUGAUGAGAAGCAUGGGGAGGAAGGCUUUCCCAUGACUUUGCCAGAUGGGGUUCCUUCGCGUGUUCGCUUCGUGGCCAUUGCUGGAGGGGGCUUGCAGACAGAAUUUCGCAUUUCUGGGCGCUGGCACAUGCAAGACCCUACCAAGCAUUUGCAAUCUGGCGCUAAGCGUGUGGCGGACUUCUUUCGUGGCCGCCCACAUUCCGUGCUGGCCAUGGAAGAAACUGCUCGCAAGAUGCUUCUGGGCAACCAAGUUGCUCAAAGCGUUCGGGCAGAGACUUCGGAUUCUCCAAUGCAAGCACUUCACGCCGCAGCAGCAGCUCACCAUGGCCAAGUUUCUGCUGCAAUAGCUGUCUUGGCUUUGGCUAGUGGCGACAGCACUGUUGAUGAGGCUGGCAAUUUGCUCGUGACUGCGAAGCACGUUGAGGUGGCAAGUCGGCUCGCUGAAUUGAAUUUGCAGAUCCGCUCCGUGUUCCGUGGGCCACGCGUUGCAGUUGAGCCUGCAAAAGAACCUGUCUUACCGCCUGCUCCACCUAUUGAGAUUGCGCACCAGCCGGUGGAGCUUCAGGAUUUGGAGGAAGGGGUUCCAGAUGAGGAGAUGGAGCCGGAUGAAACACCUUUGGGUUUUUCUCACAUGCCGUCUGAACUGUUCAAGCAAGGAUUGGGCACAGACAACGCCAUGAUCUUCCAGGACAAGUUGUUUCAGGACCGCAUGCUAGUUCAAAAAGUUCUACUCAGUGGCCAAAGCAGGUUUAAAUUGGGUCGUAUUGUGGACCUCUACCACCACAUUGACACCAAGGUUGAGAACAAACGUCGCAAAAUCCGUCCAGCGCAGGGGCAGGUGAAGGACGUUUUGGUUGCAGCGUUCCAGCGCUUUCCUCGCCUGGGCUACGUGGACGAAAAGGUGGUGCCAAAUUCAAACGGCAAGAAAGAUGUCACAGUGGUUUUGCGAGGCUGGUCCACAAAUCCCUCUAACCAGAUCCGUUUCCACAACCAGGCCAUGCAGUGCUGCAAGGUGUCCAUUCGGGACAGGAGAGCCCUGUGGCAUGAUCGCCAGGCAGGGGCGCAACCAGCCCAAGAAAGCGCAGUGGAUGAGACCGCUGCUCGUGAUCCACCGCAAGAUCGGAGAUCUUCAACGGAUUCUCGCACCCCAGCCCCUGCCACGCCGCCAGCGUGCGCGUCAAAGUCCGGACAGGAGACCGGAAGACGUUUGUGCUUUUGGACAGAAAAAUGGCUGGUGCGCGUUACUGUGGAUGCUUUGUCCAUGCCGCAGGUGCUGUUUCUUUCUGCUUUAGGAUACGGUGUGGCGCUGUCUGAGCUGCAGGAGCCGAUCUACAAGGAAGGCAAGAGGCAGAGGGGCGUUGUGAUGUGUCAAAUCGUUGCACCAAUAUUUGAUACCUUUGCCUUCGCAACCACGCCCACACCACCGGACAACAUGAAGGGCUUGCAAAGUCUUGGGCUCGGCAACGAUUUGACACAUCACAACGCCCCUCUGCCUCUUGCCUUCCUUGUAGAUCGGCGCUUGCGCUGCCUUAAAGCCCACAUGCAGGCGUGCACUUAUAGCAAACUGGCAGACAUACUGCAACACUUGACCAAGCAGUUGCUAGCCAUGCCGGCGUCUACGGAUGAGUUGUCAGACCUGGAUACGGAUGGUUUGCUCCAGCAUGCCUUGGAUGUUGUCCGGGACAAUUUCUCAUCCGAACAUCUUCCUCAAAGUAUCCACGACUUUCUCCUUCCCAUCAGUGUCGCGACUUGCCAAGGCUUGUUUGCAACCACAACGAUGUUGGCUGCCGCCAUGCCAGCCCUAACAAAUGGUGCUUCGGUAGAGCUGUGGUCUCAGAAACCAUCACCCUUGGCUCUGCUAGCUAUUCAUGUGGCCAAGCCCCAGAAAGGCAAGAGCAGGCUGCACAACGCUCUCGAAAUGCUGUUCGAGCAAGCCGAUGUAUGUGUCCAGCAGUUGGCCACAGAGCAUGGCAAAACCUUGCGGGGGGACACAGAAGGCGAUGCCGCCGUACCAUUCGUGGCAAAAUCCGUCAGUGUCCAGAGUGUCACUAUGUCUGAGUUUUUCUAUCGGUGCAGCACUGAUUUUCCUCAAUUUGAGUAUGGCACCAAGAAAGACAAAGACACUGCCCGCUUGUGGUAUGGACAGGCAUGGAAUUUGGACGGGGCCUACGAAAUGCUGGAGAGCUUGAGCCUUUUGGGUUGCCCUGGCGACAAGGCCCGCUCCGGAGCAGUCAACCCGCAUGCUUCCACCUUGAAUACUCUGAUCCAACGCGGAAAGACCAAGAGGGCAACCACGUAUGAAGGGAACAGUUCUCAACACAUCAGCCUCAGCAUCUUGGGCAAUGCCCACCCUUCGAAAAUCAUUGCGAUGGAGCGGGGCCUACAAGGACAGCACACUGCCGCAACAAAGGAGAGAUUCCUGCUGUGUGUUGACCACAGCGUUGCUCGCCAUGAUGCUCUCCCUCAGAGCAUGUUGGAUGCUGAUCCUGACUUACCGCAGUGGACCUGGCUUCCACUCACUCCUUUGCAGGCCACUAUUUUCGGGUGGACUGAUGUUGUGGGGAAUCCAAGCUACUUCAGCGACAAGGCGGACGUGGCUGAUGAGGAGCAUGGGGAGGAAGGCUUUCCCAUGACUUUGCCAGAUGGGGUUCCUUCGCGUGUUCGCUUCGUGGCCAUUGCUGGAGGGGGCUUACAGACAGAAUUUCGCAUUUCUGGGCGCUGGCACAUGCAAGACCCUACCAAGCAUUUGCAAUCUGGCGCUAAGCGUGUGGCGGACUUCUUUCGUGGCCGCCCACAUUCCGUGCUGGCCAUGGAAGAAACUGCUCGCAAGAUGCUUCUGGGCAACCAAGUUGCUCAAAGCGUUCGGGCAGAGACUUCGGAUUCUUCAAUGCAAGCACUUCACGCCGCAGCAGCAGCUCACCAUGGCCAAGUUUCUGCUGCAAUAGCUGUCUUGGCUUUGGCUAGUGGCGACAGCACUGUUGAUGAGGCUGGCAAUUUGCUCGUGACUGCGAAGCACGUUGAGGUGGCAAGUCGGCUCGUUGAAUUGAAUUUGCAGAUCCGCUCCGUGUUCCGUGGGCCUCUACCUUCCUCUGGUGAGCAACCGGAAAAUUCAGACAGUGAAGCCGACAUCUCCAAGCCUGUGAGGAAUUCCGGUGCGUUUGCAGAGCCAGCCGCAACACAACCCAGGCCACGCGUUGCAGUUGAUUUGGAGGAAGGGGUUCCAGAUGAGGAGAUGGAGCCGGAUGAAACACCUUUGGGUUUUUCUCACAUGCCGUCUGAACUGUUCAAGCAAGGAUUGGGCACAGACAACGCCAUGAUCUUCCAGGACAAGUUGUUUCAGGUUGAUAACAAACGUCGCAAAAUCCGUCCAGCGCAGGGGCAGGUGAAGGACGUUUUGGUUGCAGCGUUCCAGCGCUUUCCUCGCCUGGGCUACGUGGACGAAAAGGUGGUGCCAAAUUCAAACGGCAAGAAAGAUGUCACAGUGGUUUUGCGAGGCUGGUCCACAAAUCCCUCUAACCAGAUCCGUUUCCACAACCAGGCCAUGCAGUGCUGCAAGGUGUCCAUUCGGGACAGGAGAGCCCUGUGGCAUGAUCGCCAGGCAGGGGCGCAACCAGCCCAAGAAAGCGCAGUGGAUGAGACCGCUGCUCGUGAUCCACCGCAAGAUCGGAGAUCUUCAACGGAUUCUCGCACCCCAGCCCCUGCCACGCCGCCAGCGUGCGCGUCAAAGUCCGGACAGGAGACCGGAAGACGUUUGUGCUUUUGGACAGAAAAAUGGCUGGUGCGCGUUACUGUGGAUGCUUUGUCCAUGCCGCAGGUGCUGUUUGUUUCUGCUUUAGGAUACGGUGUGGCGCUGUCUGAGCUGCAGGAGCCGAUCUACAAGGACGGCAAGAGGCAGAGGGGCGUUGUGAUGUGUCAAAUCGUUGCCGAGCCCAAGACUUUGCAAGCCCUUCAUGUUGUCCGGUGGUGUGGGCGUGGUUGCGAAGGCAAAGGUGUCAAAUAUUGGUGUGGCUUUCUGGAGAGGAGAGCUAGCGAAAUUGGUGGAGAAGUGCAGGAGGGUUUGGCGAACAAACUUUUGUCUUUGCCACUUGAGCGUCUGCAGCAGUUCCAUGCUUCCGGGGACAGACAAGACAUUUUGGCCAUGGAUGGAAAUUGCAAGCUUCACCGAAGAACCUGUGGGGUCCCCUGUGCAGAAAUUCUCGAGACACUCUAUGCCACAGACACAUGGAAGACCGCGACCGGCCAGUGCCUCCGAUGUAACGAGGACUCUGUGUUGGCGAAUCAUUACAGGCCUCUCCAGAAAGCCACACCAAUAUUUGACACCUUUGCCUUCGCAACCACGCCCACACCACCGGACAACAUGAAGGGCUUGCAAAGUCUUGGGCUCGGCAACGAUUGA